AAUCAGUCUCGGUGGCGGUGUGCGGCGGAGAAAGACGUCGUCUCUCAAUCCCAUCUGAAACAGAAUAUUCUUCCCAAUCUAAUCCUUCUCUCUGUUCCUCUUUGCAAUUUCCAAGGUCCUGUUUCUUCCUUCUUUCCCAAGCCUUGGAUUCGAUUUUGCCCUACUUUUUCCGAUCACCAUCUCCCUCAUCUUCACCUUUCGCCGAUUCUCCCCUUUCCAUCAGCUCAACCACCUCAAAUCACCCUCCGAUCAAGAUUUCCAAUCCCAUCCAUCCACAGGGAAAAACCACGACUUCGGAUUCUCUGUUUUCCUCUCCAAUCAUGGCGUCCACUGAUGUUCUUAAACGAGAAGCGAAUCGCUUCACCUUUUCCCCUCUUAACGAUCCACUCAAUGGUGAUACGGAUUCUCGGAGUAUGUCAAUCGAGAAGAAGAUAGAAUUUUUGGAGAGCUUGACUGGGAAGGUUACCAAUAGGAAGUCUCGCAGAUGGUUAAAUGAUCGUCUUUUGAUGGAGCUUGUUCCUCGUUUAAAUGCUGAAGAAAUUAGAGGCUUGUUUGCUCCACCACCUUGGGGUGAUGAUGUACGGCCCACAACAUUCUCCAUGACUAAUGCAGGAGACUGGGACAAGUUCAGGAGUAUUGACAUGGAUAAAGAGGCUAAGAUCAUUGGAGUCUUCGAGAACUCAUCCGCUAAGAGAAAGGGUCAUAUUGAUGCAGACAAAAUGGCUUUCUUGAAUGCCUGGCACAGAAUUGAGUGUCGAACGAGAGAGGCACUUCGCCGUAGCUUUCUUCCGGAGCUUAUUGAAGGUUUUGAGGAGUGCAUAAGAUCAUUCAUUUCAGAAACUGGUAAAGAUGUCUUAAUGUUGCGGGUUCAAGAUCCGUUUCACAGAUUAUUGCUACAUGGAGUUUGUGAGUUCUACAAUUUGGAUUCUGUGACUGUUCCCGAGUCGAAGAACGGUGGCUCUAUAAAGAUGACUCGGAUAACAAGGAAGAAGAAGGCCAUGGUUGAGGUCCCAAAUAUAACUCUGACCCAUUUCCUUAAAAUGUCCAAAGAAGGAACAUGGUAACUUCAAUUCAUUAGAUGAAGAAACUUGAUAGGACUAUAUUUCAUUAAUGUUCGUUACAAUAAUAUCAAGGAUUCAAUAUAGGGUAAAAUAUCUAGUGUGUAGGUACUGUACAGUUGCUCAAAUCCGGCUGCUGGACUGAUGUACUGUAAAUUGUUAUCUCGUUUCCUCCCUUUAGAACCAACUGUACCAUUUGUAUCAUUUGAACAAGGAAAUGCCCUGUUUACAUUAUUCAACAAAUGUCUUCCUUUUCUAAGUUUGAUUGGAUUUCAACCGUGUAUUAUCGUGUUGAUCAAUAAGUCUCUUCUCGAUC